GCUGCAAGUCGAGGCACAUAGCUGGAACCAGCGCCUGGAGGAGAAGACGCACACAGGUCCGUCUCGUGUUGUGGUGAUAGAGCAAAUCUGCAUCCGUCUGAGCAACCGCGUUGAUCCAGCCACAGAUCUAUUUGCUGUCAAAGCCGCUUCCUUUUUUUUUCCUCCCCCAAGUUUGCUGUUGUUGUGCGUCUUCACUUUGGAUAGCAACAGCCAGAUUAUCCUCCUGCGCGCCGCAGAGCGCACUAGGUUUUUUGGACUUUUUGAAAAGGGGGAGACAUCUCACCUCUGGAGUGCGGUGCGAUGAAGAAUUUCUGAGGGCUUCUCGGUCCAUUUAAACGCGUCUUUCUGAGCGUUUCCGAAGGGUCAGCCCAUGUGCAGGCAUCCCAUUGAGUGUGAUUCUAUUUUCGCCCAGAUCUCUGCUUCCUGGACAAAUGCAUACAAAUGCAUUUAGGAGCCCAACGGACAAGGAGUGGACACGUUUCCGCGGCUGCAACGUGGAACUUUCUCCUGCUCCUGUCAGUAUGCUCAGCAGUACCCUCUGCAGAAGACACCUACUCUGCUCAAGGAGUGGAUAUUCUCUAUCAACUGGGGCUUACAAAUCAAAGCAGAACAGACGAUCCCUACCAGAGGACAGACUCGCCUCACACCCCUCACGCCGAUGUCCCUCUGCCUUCGAAUAUCCCAGCUCCUGGCUACGGGGUGGUUUUCGACACAAACUCCCUCUAUGAGAUCCCAGCAAGCAGUCUGUUCCAUUCAGAGUUUGGAGUUGAGUUUUCUUUUGUGAUUAGCCUGAGCUCCUGGCGAGCCAACAAUGCUUUUGUUUUUAGUGUUACAGAUGGCAGGGACAGACUGCGUUUUGGCAUUCAGCUGCUGCCACAAAAGGUAGUAGUCUACACUGCAGAGAAGUCCUCCAGCUACUUCACCCACAACUGGCAGGAUGGACAGCAGCAUGCUUUUGCUGUUGGUGUUCGAGCACGUUCAGUGUCGUUCUACGAGGACUGUGGAGCAGUGCAGCAGAGAGAGCAAACCUUGGGGAGGUCACAGAGAUUGGGAGAAUCUGGCAAUGUCUUUACUUUGGGUAGGAUGAACUCAAAGGCAGCUCAGUUUCUUGGUCAAGUCUGCCAGUUAGAUAUCUAUCCCUCAGCUCAAGCUGCUGCACACUACUGCAAAUACCUUAAAAAACAAUGCCGGCUGGCCGACACCUAUCGAUCACCUUUGUCACCUUCUAGUUUGGAUUUUGAGGCUAAUGACCAUCCUUCUUACCCUUCGACAAUGUCCACUAUUGGAGUAGCAGCUACACAUCACGUUUCUAAUAAAUUUACAACAGCUGACAAACUGUUAACCAGUAGUCAAGUUGACACACAGUCUUCAACUCUGAGCCCAGUGACACAACUACAUCCAAGGGAACAAAGCCACAUUUUCACACUGAAACCGUCAACCUUCUCAACCCCGAUUUUGCUUGAGCCUAACAGCCCCACACAAAAAACUCUGAGCGGGCACGCAUCGGACAUUGCUCACAGUAGAUGGAUCGCCACUUCAAAAAGCGAGUUGGCCAAACAGAGUCAACCCAGCGUAGAAGCGAAUCAUUUGGAGAACAGUACAGAGGAAGAGAGCGUUUCAGAAGAUCUACAUGUUUCUGAAGCUUCUCCAGCUGUUACUUUUCCAGUACGGCAAAGUCGGGGGAAAGAAGGACUCAGGAACUCCUUCAGGGACUCUGGCCUCAGGCAUCAACAAACUCAUCAAGUUCUGGAGUCUCAUUUUAAAGCCAAUGGCACUACUUUGUACAGGGAAAACCAGGUGGACACUGCAGAACACCAUGCUUUGGAUGGCAGCUAUGACGACACAGACUAUGGGGGAUAUGAUUAUGGAUUUGAGGAACCAAACGUCUUUUAUGAGUAUGAAGAUGGUUUAAAUGGUCCCAAAGGAGAGCCAGGUCCUCCGGGUCCUCCUGGUCCUCCUGGUUUACCUGGUCCUUCGGGAAAGAGAGGUUCAAGGGGUCCAACUGGUCCUCAGGGAAAACCUGGACAACCUGGACCACCGGGGCCAAAGGGUUCAAAAGGAGACCCGGGUCUUUCUCCAGGCCAAGCUUUGCCAGGGCAAAAGGGUGACAGAGGCCCACCUGGUUCACCUGGGCUGAAAGGAUUUCCAGGACCACCGGGUCCAAAGGGUUAUCAAGGUACACCUGGCCCACCAGGGGAACAAGGCAUACCAGGACCUCCUGGGGAGUCUGGAGCUGCAGGUUACCCUGGCAGGCAGGGCUUAGCUGGGCCACAAGGUAGCCCCGGACCUAAAGGUGUCAGUGGUUUCAUUGGGCCUCCUGGCGUUGCUGGACCACCAGGGCUGGAAGGGGAGAAAGGCAUUCCUGGUCCUGUUGGAAAACCUGGCCCAAAAGGAAGACAUGGUGUGGUAGGAGACGUCGGGGAGAGAGGCCCACCUGGUCCAGAUGGCAGCCAAGGGCCUGUUGGUGGUUCUGGUAUUACUGGCUUUCCUGGUUUGAGGGGGGAUCCAGGGCCAGAAGGACCACGAGGGCUGCCUGGUAUGGCAGGACCUCAGGGCCCAGCAGGACACGUCGGCCUGCCUGGAUUGAAAGGUGAUAAGGGUGAAGUGGGUCUAAGGGGAGAGCCAGGAGAGAUGGGCUACCAAGGCGACAAGGGUGCUGCCGGUCUUCCUGGUCUUCCUGGGCCCAGAGGGAAACCAGGACCACCGGGUAGGAUUGGAGAAAUUGGAGCACAAGGACCACAUGGACCACCGGGACCAGAGGGGUUUCCUGGAGACAUCGGCGUUCCAGGCCCUAAUGGCCCACCUGGACCGAAGGGUUCACAAGGUGCAAGAGGGCUCCAAGGCCCACCAGGGCCAAAAGGAGUACAGGGUGAAGAAGGCCCACUCGGCCCACCUGGCAGUAUUGGCCCAACUGGGAGAUCUGGGAGGAAAGGUCAUGCAGGUGAACCUGGACUGGAAGGCCUACCGGGAGAAAAAGGAGAUAUUGGAAAUGUUGGAAAAGUUGGACCAGCGGGUCCAGUUGGCCUAAUUGGAAUAACUGGGGUGAUGGGAGUUCCCGGUGAAAAGGGCGACCGGGGGCUACCGGGUCCAACAGGUCCUGUCGGAGAGAAGGGGCCCAGGGGUUACCCAGGAUCACCAGGAGGUCCCGGAGACAUUGGCAUGCAGGGUUCACCUGGUCCUCAGGGACAGAGGGGCAGUCCAGGAAUCGCGGGGCCAAAAGGGAGAAGGGGGCCCCGGGGUCCAGAUGGCGCAACAGGAGAACCAGGAGCUCAGGGCACCAGGGGUGAAAAGGGGGAAUCUGGACCAAAAGGAGAACCAGGAUCAAUAGGCAAAGCUGGCAUUCCUGGAGAAAGAGGCUCUCCUGGAAAACCUGGAAAGUCAGGUAUUCCAGGGAACACUGGUGAGAGGGGCCCUCACGGGGAACCAGGACCUAAAGGACCAACUGGGGAGCCUGGAUCCAAUGGAGAGCAGGGACCUGAAGGUGUUCCAGGUGUAGAGGGAGGACCAGGUGCCAUCGGAGAGCCUGGGUUAAAGGGGGAUGUUGGACUUCCAGGACCUGAAGGGGAACAGGGACAGGAGGGAAUCAGAGGUCCGCCUGGCCCCCCAGGGGAAGAUGGCCCACAGGGAAAAGAUGGACCAAAGGGUGAUCCAGGUGAGCGUGGCCCUUUGGGGGAGCCUGGGGACAAAGGACCUGAAGGAGAUCCCGGGCCCCAAGGACCAGCAGGAAUACCUGGGAAACAGGGCUUUCGCGGCCCAGAAGGAAAACUUGGCCCUCCAGGGAACAGAGGACGCCACGGAAAGAAGGGAGAAAGGGGCCCUCCAGGUCUUGCUGGUGAGAUCGGCUCUCGAGGCGACAUCGGCCAACCGGGCGAGGCAGGGCUGAAAGGGGCCCGGGGAACUCGAGGCCCUCCUGGUCAGCCAGGAGUCCUGGGGAUUGAAGGACAACCAGGACUGUCAGGAUAUCCAGGGCACCCUGGCAAAUCUGGACCCAUUGGACCACCGGGACCCAAAGGUGAAAAGGGUUAUCCAGGCGAGGACAAUAAGACUCCCGGACCACCAGGGCCCUUAGGUGAACCAGGGCCUCCAGGGGAGCGUGGGGAACGCGGGGAGCCAGGAGAUGAAGGAUACAAGGGUCAUGUUGGUGUGAUUGGACCUCGUGGCAGAAUUGGACCGCCCGGCCCACCGGGACUCCCUGGCCAGCCUGGGGAAGCAGGAGUUAAAGGAGAAAAAGGGCCUCCAGGUUCAGCUGGAAAGAAGGGAGUGAGGGGUCUGAAUGGAGCCCCUGGUGCUGAAGGUGCAACUGGUUUACCUGGACUCACGGGACUGAGAGGUUAUCCAGGUCCAGAUGGUCUUCCAGGACUGACUGGCUUACCAGGUCUGCCAGGAAAACAAGGCCGACAGGGUCAGCGAGGCUUGUUGGGCCCAGAGGGCCCGACUGGGCGUCCGGGCCCCAGGGGAGAAAUUGGACUUCCUGGAGCAUCUGGAGAGAGCGGACCACCUGGUCAGAAGGGAGAACUCGGCCUGCUUGGAGACAGGGGAGCUCCUGGAUCCAAAGGCGUAGAGGGGUCGACAGGUGACCAAGGCAAGAAAGGUGACCCAGGACCUAAAGGACAACCAGGAGAGUCUGGAGAUUUGGGAAUGAUUGGUUUACAAGGUUUUCCUGGGCCAAAAGGCCCAAAUGGUGACUUGGGACUGAGAGGCAUCCCAGGCCCUAAAGGACCUGUAGGUUCUUUGGGAUUUGCUGGACCUGUGGGCCCUGAAGGAAUGAUUGGUCCUCUAGGAAAGCCUGGCCCAAAGGGUCCAAAAGGAAGCAAUGGUGAAAUGGGGCCUCAAGGACCACAUGGAAGUCCAGGACCACAGGGACCACCGGGGCCUCCCGGACCCACAAGAUACAUUUAUGAUGACUCAGCUCUCCACUGGCAGCCUGACACCAACGCUGCCCUCAGGACAGAGAUCUUUCAGAACAUUGAAAUGAACCUGCCAGACCAGAAUGUAGAGAUACUGAAGACCCUGCGUUACCUGAGCGGCGUGAUUGAGAGCAUCAAAAAACCUCUCGGCACAAAGGAAAAUCCGGCUCGCGUCUGUAAAGACCUCCUGGACUGUCAGCACUUACAACUCAAAGAUGAUUGGUUCUGGAUUGAUCCAAACCUUGGCUGCACUUCUGAUGCCUUCAAGGUCUUCUGCAACUUUACUGGAGGUGGACAGACUUGUUUACACCCAUUGGCCUCCAAUAAGCUGGAGUUUGACAUUGGGAAAGUCCAAAUGAAGUUUCUCCAUUUAUUGAGUUCUGAAGCAAGCCAAAGGAUCACAUUUCACUGUCUGGGUGAUCCAUCCUACAAAACCAAAGAGAAAUUCAGCUCCUCUGGAUUCAUGCAAAGAGAAGAUUUCCAACCCUGGUUUAUUGGUUGGAAUAAACAUACAUUUAACACACUUGAACCACAUCUGAUUCAGGAUGAAUGCAAGAUUCAAGAUGGCAGCUGGCACCAGUCUAAUUUUUUCUUCCACACUCAGGACAGUCGUCAGCUACCUAUCAUAGACAUCCAGGAAUUUUCUUCUUCACUUCUUAACCAUCGACAACACUUAGAAAUUGGUCCUGUCUGCUUCCUUUGACCCCUGCAUUGUUCAGUAACGAGCUUUCAUAAAUCACUCACGUCUACAGAAGCUCAGACCACAUUCCUUUCAAAGAGAUGCUGUCUCAGCUAGAUCAAAUGUUGGGUUCAAGGAAGUUGGUUGACUUUAUUGACCAGCAUUAUUGAGACUUUGGGAGAGUAACAAAUACCAGGUGCUGAGGACUCAAACUUUAUGGAGCGUUUGUGCCAGCAAGGAAAAGGAGAUCUGUGCUUUCAAAGAAAUGUAUAAACUGUUGUUUGCUUUACAUUUUUAUAGUGCUUAGAUUGACUGCAUACGGGCUCAUAUUUUAAUCCCUAAUCAAUGGGAAGGCCCUCCAAAUGCAGCAGCCUGUCCAUAUUACGAACCUUACAAAAAAGCACACCCAGGUGUCAAACCAGGCUUCUGCACUGGGCACUGUCUAACAAAAGUGUAUGCAAGUGCAAUAGCGUGUGGAUAUUAUAUAACUGCAUUAAAAUGCAAAGUCCCAUCUAAGGCAGUAUUUUUGAUAGCCUUUUUUGUCUUUCGUCUUGCCCAGUUGGACUCUGACAUCUUGACCAAUGGUGCUCUACCUCUACCUGGUUAUUUGCUCUCUAGACUAGUUGCUAUUGUCAAAUAGUCCUUAUAAAUGAUGCGUUGUAUGUACCGGUUACAUCAAGUUUUUUUGUGUUAUACGAGUACUUAUGUUGAUUUGGUCAUUCCUAAUUUAUGAACCAAUUUUUGAUAGACACAGUUUUGUAGCUUUUUUCCUUUUUGGUAGGUCCACGAACUUACCGUUGGUGCUGCAACAACAGACAACAAGUCAUCAAAAGUUACUGUGUAUAUAUUGACGGCAUAUUUUUAUUUUUUAUUUAUAAUCUUUUUUUUUUAUUCACAUUGCUGUAGCACAGUAAGUUAUACUCUCAAAUAAACUGUUUGGCCAAUCACAGUUCUGUUAUUUAUGUUUAAAAGGUACAUUUGAGAGUUCAUUCCUGUGUCUGUUCAUCAAAUACUUUGUCACAUUCAGAGGUUGUUUGCUGACUGGCAGCUACUUUUGGCCAGAGUCAAACAGUCAAAAUAGUCUUAACUUAUAUUAUAUUAUUAAAAGCAUUCUGUGAAGUUUUGGAGUAUAACAAUGGAUGGAAAUGUGUAAAUAAAUAAAUAAAUGGUACAUUUUAUUCACAAA